AUGAAGACGCAUAUACUUCUCCAAACUACGCGCAGCAACCAUGACGGGAAUCGUCACAGAGCCCUUGGACCCGCGCGGCGGCUUCAACUGGGUCUUCCUCGUUGAACUGCUCAUAUGCGGCAUCCUGACCAUUUUCUUCCUCUUCUACUUCAACCGCGUCUUCGCCACGCUCGUCGCCUACGCCAUACGCGCAUACACAUGGCGCGCCUUCAACGCAUACAUCGACAUCACCGCCCUGCAGAUCUCGCUGCUUGGCGGCCGCCUCUUCUUCAAGGACAUUCGCUACCACGGCCACAACGAGACCAUCUUGGUGCAUGGCGGAUACAUCACAUGGAACUACUGGCUGCGCCGCGUCAAAGAUGCAGGUGUCUACGCGGAUCAGGACGACGCCAGGCCCGAUGGCGACAGCAGCGGUCGCUCCUCGCCGAGUACGUCUGCCAGUCCGAGUAUCAAUAUGGACAGGGCAGAGAAAGGGGGCAAGCAGACGCGAAAAGACCUCCCCUGCCGCUUUUCUAUCAAGGUGUCGGGUAUUGAAGCCUUCAUGUACAACCGCAGCCCUGCAUACGACGGCAUCAUUGAAGCCGUGGAGAAAAAGGCCAAGAGCGACGCUGCGCAACAAAAGCCCUCCGAGGCAUCUGAUUCCGACGUGGACAAGGCGGAAAAGGACGGCCACCACCACCACCACAAUAAGCUUAAAAAACCACACGCCGAAGACGACCAGAAUGCGCCGCGCCCAGCAACAAGCGGGUCUACUUUCUCCAGCCCCAAAAAGGCCGACCUUCCAGCUUUCCUCAAGAUACUCCCGAUUCAUGUCGAUAUUGUCAAAGGCGCCAUUGUCAUUGGAAAUGAGCACACGCUAGCCGUCAUCACUGCACAAUUUGAAAAGGCAACCGGUACCUUGGACGCAUCGGCAAGCGGACCUCUGGACGUAUACCAACAGCUUUUCAACUUUCAGAUCACCAACCCUGUCGUGCACAUGAAGCCGAAUCCGGAUUACAAGAUUGGACAGCUUGACUCGGCAUUACAGUUCAAACAAGAAGUGGCUCAGGGCGGCUCCGAGGACCGCGUCAUCGAGAAGGAAGCCCGUCAUCGGAGGCAUUGGCGCUGGUUGACACGAAUCCCAAGGCUCACGGGUCUCUUUUCAAAGGACUCCGACUCCAUUCAUACUCACGCCAAAUCAGGACUGGCCAACAGCAACAAUCCACCUCUGAAUUCCCAGUGGACGUUUCCUGGGCGCGAACGUUGGAAAGGCCUGGCACGCUAUCUUGAUGAUACUACCAACGACGGCCACGGCGAGUGGGAUGGUGUCGAGUAUGCAAAGGCUUCAUUAAUCGCCGAUUGCCCGUGCGUAAACAUCUCCUUCUACUGGGAUGUGCCAGGUCCCGUGCCGAGCGACAUAGAUCGCAGCAAGCACAUAGACCCUGCUCGUCCGUAUGACAUCAACGGUUCUCCCCCACCGGACUACGGCAUGGACAUACAAGUCUUUGGCGGCAUCAUCCAAUAUGGUCCAUGGGCAGAUAGACAUCGAGGCGUCUUCCAAUCAAUCUUCUUCCCUGCUGCGCGCGUAGAUGCUGUUCCAUCAACCCCUCUCAAGCCCGGCGACCUUCGUGUGGCUACCGUCUUCAAGCUCUAUCUCAGCAUCGAAGAGGACACCGUGUUGCGUAUUCCGACUCGCGAAUCCUCCAAGGACUGGAAAUGGAAGGGGAAAGCCCACACACUGGCGGCGCAUGAGAAGCUGGGAGGGGACCAGAACAAGGGUAAAGCAAAGUCUCGCAUAAGACGGGGAAAGCGCAGGGAUGCUGCUGGAUCGCAAAACGUCCGACCCUUUGCAUGGAUCGACGUCAAGAUAGCCCAGGAAUCUACGGUCAAUUAUGUCAUGGACAUGUACGCGUCAGAACAAGGAUAUCAGAGCAAGGUAGACGUCGAUAUCGCAAGCACAGAAAUAUCCUCUAGCGUGAACCAUGGCCUUCUGUGGCGCUCGGGUGCUAUUGCCGUCGACUGCGACUUGUCCAAUCCGCUUGGUUGGAAUACUCUUCGAAAAUGGCUCUUCAACAUCAAAUGCCACGACCUGGAACUGUUCUUGCUCAGAGAUCACAUGUUUCUGAUAAUGGAUCUUGUUGCCGACUGGGGAUCCGGCCCACUGCCCGACUAUUUCCUCUUUGUGCCUUUCCAAUACUUGCUCAACGUCGACUUCUCCAACUUCAAGUUGUAUCUCAAUACCAACGACUCCAACAUCAUCAACAAUCCAGCGGAUCUAGAUGACAACAAUUUCGUUAUCUUAUCUGGUAAGGAGUUGCAAGGUGAGGUCUUCAUACCGCUCGACAAAUUCCGACCGCUUCAGAACGAGAUCAAGUUCGACGUCAAGGGGCACGAUUUGAGCCUUGAAGUCUUGAUGCCGCAGAAGAGUACACUGCAGACGUUCGUGCAAUCGCCAAAUAUGGCGCACCUAGGUGGCCUGACUCUGAACGGUAGCCAUACCUUUCUGGCCGAGACAUCCCCAAUGAACACCGACCGGCUUUUCAUGGAUAUCCAAGGUUACAAGCUGAAUCUUGAACUCUAUGGUUGGCUCAUACAUCAUUUUAUAAAGAUCAAGGACAACUACUUCGGUGAUGACAUGCAUUUCAAGACAUUAGAGGAGUUUCAAGGCCUCCCGGCCGCCAAUAUCGCACCAGAAGGGGGUCAGCCCAGCGGCGAUGCUUCGAGCAUCGCAAACGACCUAGAUGUGAUCCUUUGCAUUGCUGUACACGAAGCAUGUGUACUUUUGCCUGCCAACCUGUACUCUGCAGAGCGCGGCAUUCGAGCAGAUCUUCCCUAUGUCUCUGGAGAUCUCAGAUUCACAAAUUACUACAUGGACCUGAUGGUCAAUUUCAGCCCCAUCAGCGUGUCUCUUGGAGGCUUGGUGCCAGAUGCUGAUAUGCCUAAUGAGUUCUCUAGCGGCCGCACUGAGCUAUUCAUCGAUUCCACUGUCAUGUUCGGACAUCGCCUGUUUGGGUUACCUCCCCUUGAGCCAACCUACUUGUGCAGCUGGGACAUUGAUAUUGGCAAGAUCACCGGAGAUUGUACGUCGGAACUUAUCGAGACUGCAGCAGGAGCAAUUCGCUCGUUCGGAUUCACUCUAGAUGACGACGAGAACACCAUGACUUUCACCGAAAUCCCAAUAAUCCACGAUGUCACCUUCCUCAGGCUCAAGACACACGACAUUGGUAUCUGCUUACACAUCAGAAAAGAGGCCCUGCUGCUCAAAACAAAACCUUUGAGUGUGGACUUCAAUGAUCUUGCUGGAAGCACUUUCUCCCAGCGGCUCAAAGUCAUUGUACCGGAUCUGACUGUGAUUGCUGUUCCCUCGGUCUCUGUGUCGCAUCACCGAGUGAGGCCCAAAGAAGGGGAGGACAUUGCUCCUCAGGCUUAUUUUCAGACCACCUUGUCUAUUGACUUGUUCUCGAGAAAGCUAGACUUCACCGAAGAGUGCGCACAACAGCAAGCCCACAUACGAAUGCACGAUCAAAGGACCCAUCGCACGGCCUUUAUGCUCUCAAAUGACCGGAGCCUGGCUCGCCAAGAGAAUGCGCCCCGAAACAGUCUACGCGCACCCGCUAUGCAGUACCCGGACGUCCCUCAUCCCAUUUUUCUUUACGCGCCACCUGAUCAGCAACAAGGCUCAUUGGCUUCUUCCGGUAUUUCUUCAGGUCGUUCCUCCGCUACAGGGCGGAGAAUCCGUCCAAGUAGCAAGCAGUCUUCCGCCUCAUCAUUUGCUAGUAGCAUUCGAUCUACGCUUCGGCGCAGACCUGGCAAAGUGGCUGCGCCCUCCAGCGAGAAUGGAACGCUUCUUGAAAGGUCACCAAACCGUGCCCAUUCCAAACAUCCUCAAAUGCCCUUCGAGAACGACGAAAACGCUGAGCAGGACUGGGCACACUCAUCCGUUGCAUACUCUAGUAAUCUGGCUACGCCUUGCUUUGCUUUCGAGCAGUUGACGCCAGAUCUUUCCGAUGUGCCUUCAUUCCCUGCAAUUCCUGCUGCCACUGAGCCCAAGGACAUCAGCGACGUGGUUUUCGACGAUGUUGCAACUAAACGCUUUGACGAGAGCUUCACUCACACUAGCAUUCUCAUCAACGCCAAACCAGGAAUUCGCGCAUAUUGCACUCCAGAGUUUGUCACAUGUGUAGCGGAGAUCAUGGAGCUUGUUCAACCUAAGCGACCUGAGGACCUUUUGGAUGACUUCCAAGUCAACGUCAUGACGAAGAUUCUGGAAAACCAGACGGGACAAGACCAAUACGACAUUAUUCUCAAUCGACUCGUCUUUACGGCCAGAAUCAAAAAUUAUCCAGGAGACCGAGCCGGUGAGAAUUCCUUGGCGCUUCACUCGACAUUGGGAUCUCUUGGCCUUUCUGUAGCAGAGCGUUCUCCCCAGGGCGCUACCGGAGGUGUCGCAAUUCAAGCCGAGAUCAGGGACAUACUGCUAUGGAUGCUGCAGAGCAAGACAAUCUCGAUAAACGUGUCAUUUCGAUCAUUUGAGAACGCAAUAGCAAGCAAAAAGGUGGACUAUCUUGCCGCACUCAUCCACCGGACGGCGCUUAUGGGUGAAACACUCGUACAUCAGUUUGCCGAAGUUGACCAAAGACACCAGCAUCGAUUGCGUUAUCUUGUUUGGUAUCUCUGCAGUGUACACGACCAAUACGCCGAUCCUGCUUUUUUGACAAAAGCAUCAUAUGCUAUACGCGUAGCAAGAGAUCACUUGCGCAGUCACGACUCUUGGAAGAUCAUUUCACGAUUCCGCUAUACGUGGCAGUCCCUCCCACACGCUGAAAAGGGCACUAUCUUGGGUGAUUGCUCUCAACCAGACAUCAUGUGUCCAGGGGAUGCAGAACAGAAGAUCAUUGAGAUGUUGGACCAGUGGCGCACGUGGGAUCUCGCGCAUGUACAGAAGAGCCUAGCAAUGAAGCUACUCUUUGGGCGCCUUGAGGAAAAACUACCGACACCGGAGUCUGCGCCCCUGUACAUUGAUAUCAAGUCUGCUGAGAUUAAGCUGACUAUUGAUCCUGGCCCGCGGCAAAGUGAGAUUUCACUGGGUCUUUUAGCAAUCAAUGUCGCAUUAUUGCCUCCCACACAGCCUAAUGGACUCAUGAUCGAAUCUGACGACACACCGAGAAAGAGAACAGUCGUUCAAAUAGGCUCAAGAAACACCAUCUUCCAUAUCCAAUGGGAAAUUUGUGAGCUUGCCGAGUCUUUAUUGAAACUGUUUGAGAAACAAAAUAUCAAAGCACUGGAGCAAUCAAAACCAACUUCUACUACACCACACCCACAACCAAUCCCUACAUCCGACCACGAUUUGCAAGUGGUCUUCGCAACCGACAAAGUCCAAAUUAUACUGGACACCAUCAAUCUCAGAAGCAUCAAUACCGGCCGAAACAUGCGCUUUUCGUUCCUCGAUGCGAAUAGCAAGGCAUCUCGACUCGGUGAAAUCAUCUCUGCUCAUAUCCAUGUCGACAUUGCUGCCAGUGAAUUAACCUCGGGCUCACGAACACUUGCCAAAACUCAGUUCGAACAACCCAGCAUAGAUUUCGCCAUGAUAGAACAAGGCGGCGAGGAAAAGUUGCCCAACGAGAUCAAGGUAGCUGCAACAAGCCACAGGAUCACCCUAAAGGUGCAAGAGGAUAUUCUGGGCUUGAUCGAACUGACAGACAGGGUGCUUAGAGAUGAGGUAGCAUAUUUCCACCGCCAAUCUGCCUUAUCAGGAGAAAUCACAAGGACGAACUCGACGGAUGAAAAGCCCAAAGAGAAUUCUGCACAGCUGCCGAAUAUCUCACUCGCAUUGUUCAUGGAUGCGUACCAAAUUGAGCUAGCCGUAUUGCAACCGCUCGGCUGGUCAAUAACGGGGUCUUCGGGACGCAUUGCUGUCAUUCCAGCUAUUGGAAAGCGCAUCACCCUCCAGGUUGAUUACGAUCUCGAAGCCAACCUUCAUCGGCUGUACAGCACGUCAAACGAGGGCUCACACGUCAUUAGUUCACUGGAGCUGCCGCCACUCAAUGGAAGACUGACUAUCAAGCAAAACGAGAGUCAGACAAGGGUUACUGCGUCGGGCAUUGUCGAAAAGAUUCAUGUCCAAGCUUCGGAGAUCCAGAGUCUCAUCUCGACUGUCAACAAACCGGAGAUGUCGCAGAUGUUCAAGGCGGUUCAGGACGAUGUCGAGGUUCUGAAGACGCAUAUUGAAGAGAUGUUCCCGGCCUCUGCAUCCUCACCAGUUACCAAAUCCCCCACUGGUUCUCGGGAUACCCUGUUCACUGUGCAGAUGACGCUUCACGGUAUGAACAUAUAUGCGAGCGCUCCGGGUCAACACCCAGACUCGCCCACAGCAAAUCUGGCUUUCCGACUUUCAACAGUGCAAUUGAGAGCCACAAACAUCGACACGGAUCAUAGCAUUAUGCUUUAUCCUGAGGCGGUUGUGCGGAUCCAUGAGGUCACGAUCGACCUAGGCUUGAAGGACCCUGACUCUGUCCGGCGCUGUGGCAACCUAACCUUCAGCGCAGUUUUCCAAGCCACCACUGAAAAGGACUCUGAGCCUACGCGGAGAGUCUACCGUUUGCGAAGUUCCGGCCUAGAAGUGAAUGCAUUCGCGGAUACAGCAUCUGCUGUUGUUGACGUCGUAAAUCAUCUUCAAGAUAGGAUCAGGGAUUUAGACCUUUCAAAGGAAAAGAAGUACCUACGGCGCCUUCGGCACACCAAGAGCAGGAUCUCCCAGCGACGUGACCGCAGCCUCAAACUUGAGGAAGAACAGGAUGCCGAGAGUGACGCCUCCGGAGUGCUGUUCACUUCCACAUACUCCCUGGAACUGGUUGACCUACAAGUCAGCUGGAUCGUCGGUAAUUCUGUCGCUCCUUUCCCGCACAAUGAGAUUGAAGAUCUUGUGCUCUCAUUUGGGAAGAUUGAUUUGUCAACACAGAAAGACGAUGCAGCGCGAUUGAUGAUUGAAGACAUGCGCCUGCAAAUGGUGCCAGUAUCCGAAGACAAGAAGAAGCGUUCGCUGAACUCAGCACUGCUCCCCAAGAUGGUCUUCAAUGUUGCUUAUGCGUCUACUAAGGAUACGCGUAAACUGGCAUUCUUUGCUGCAGGAAAGUCACUCGAUCUUCAGCUGGAUUCGCAUUUCAUCUUGCCUGGGAAUGUCAUCGAACGAUCGAUUGCUCUUGCAGGGAAAAAGUUCCGCAAGGCCUCCGCGAACUGGAGCAUGACACCAACGACGACUGGUGCGCAAAGGAAAAAUCCUUUCGGCAACAAGCGCUUGACCUCAUUGACAGCUGACAUCAAUUUUGCUGGAGCCGUGGUGCACAUUCACGGUGGCGACGCAACGCCAACACAAGGCUCGUCAAGCAGAGCUCAGCAAAAGGGGAGGUAUAGUCAGUUCGUAGGCGAAGAGUCUAAAAGCAGUAUGGCCUUGCGAGCGCCCGGUGUAGCAGUACGAGUUGAGUACAUGGAUGACGGAAGUGACCCCUCCUUGAAUGCCGAGCUUCGUGUUGACGGGUCAACCAACACGCUGCUGCCGACUGUGGUGCCUAUCAUCAUUGAUAUCUCUGAUAGCAUCAAAGCAGUAGUCCGCGACAAGGACGAUGACGAGGACGCACCUGCAUCGCCGGAACAGGCCGAACAACCCCAGGAACCGUCCAAGCCAGCCGCGAAACUCCUAGAAGACGAAAACAUCAUCACAGCCGACCCUACAACAAUUUUGGGCAGGACUAGACUGAAUCUCGGGCUUCGGAUAUGCAAGCAAGAAUUCAGUCUUAGUUGUCAGCCCAUCGCUCGCGUCACAGCGAUUGCCAAGGUUGAAGAUAUAUACAUUACCGUCAACAGUGUCAAGUCCCAGGAGCAUGGCCAUUUCUUCGCUGUUUCUGCUGCAUUUGAGAAGCUUCAAACGACCGUUCAGCAUGUCUACUCCCGCGAGUCUACCUUCAGCUUAGAUAUGGAAUCCAUUGUUCUUUCACUCAUGAACAGCAAACACCUCAGCGGUACGAGCGGGAUUUCGGCUAUCCUCAAAAUCAAUCCUACUGCUCUUCAGAUCAACGCGCGCCAACUGCAGGACUUUUUGCUGUUCCGAGAAAUCUGGGUCCCUCCAGAGAUAAGACGAGCCUCCAAACCUACAACGCAGAACGCCAAUUCUGAGCCGCAAGAAUACCUCAUACAGCGCUACCAGCAAGUCGCUGCGGCCACUGCCUUCCCAUGGAAUGCUAAUGUAGCCAUCACGGACGUCAAGGUCGAUCUAGACCUAGGACAAUCCAUCGGAAAGUCAUGGCUGCAUAUCCACAACUUGUGGGCGUCUUCCAAGAAGACGACUACAUCUGAGCAAAAUCUUUGCGUCGGUGUGGAGAAGAUCGGGGUCGAGAGUACAGGCCGUACAAGCGGUUUCAUUGAGCUCCGCGAAGUCAAAGUGCGCACUUCGAUCGGUUGGCCACUGCAAGAUCCAGGCUCUCGCCAAACACCGCUUAUCCAAGCGUCGGUUGCCUUCCGUCAAUUGCGCGUAAAGACAGGAUUUGACUUCCAGGCCUUUCUCAUGGCCGACAUUGCCGACUUUGGUUUCAUGAUGUACAAUGUCCGACCAGAGGGCGAGUAUGCACAAGACCGACUGGUUGCCAUUCUUGAUGGUGGCAAAGUACACGUCUUUUGUCAUUCAACCAGCGCUGCGCAAGGUCUAGCACUGUGGCAAGCAAUCGAGAGGCUAGUCCAAGAGAACCAGCAAGCGUACACGCAGUCUCUGAGAGACAUUGAGAAGUUUCUCCGACGCAAGUCAUCCAUACCUGAGCCGUUUGAGCGGUCAUCAUCCCAAAGCCAGAUACUCCCCAAAUCCGACAAAGACAGCUUCAAAGCGCCGAUAUCACUACAUACCGACGUGGUGGUGACGCUUCGCUCUAUUCGACUUGGCGUCUUCCCUUCUACCUUCAUUGACAACCAGGUCCUCAUGCUCGAGGCCGGCGAUAUGCAAGCUCGUUUCGCCGUUGCACUGGAAAGAAAAACAAAGAUUCACUCCAGCCUGGGCAUGACUCUUGGUCAACUCUCCGUGGCCCUUUCGUCCGUGCCGACGCCAAAGAAGAGUAAGCCUGUUACGGAGCUCGAGGUCGAAGACGUGUCUGCGAGCGUCAGCUCGGCACGCGGGGGCACCAUUCUGCGCGUACCCAAGGUGAUUGCCACCAUGCACACGUGGCAGGUCCCCAAAGAUACUCACAUUGACUACCUCUUCCGCAGCUCGCUUGAAGGCAAGGUAGAUGUCGGGUGGAACUACUCCCGCAUUUCUUACAUCCGCAACAUGUGGUCGAACCAUUCGCGUACCCUCGCCUCGCGCCUGGGCAAACCUCUCCCAGAAUCCAACAUCAAGAUCAGCACGUCUCAAUCGCUGCAAGACGAUCCUAGUGGAUCUGGCCCAGAUCCCAGCAUGGCUGACAAAACAGUGGUGCCAUCUAAUCGGCCCCGCGCAUCCUCGGCGUCGUCGGACGGUCAAGAGAAGAUCACGGCCGUAGUUAAUGUGCCGCAGUCACGGUAUGAGUAUACGCCAUUAGAGCCGCCACUGAUUGAGACGCCUCAACUGAGGGAUAUGGGAGAGGCCACGCCCCCUCUGGAAUGGAUCGGACUGCACAGGGAUCGCUUGCCGCACGUCACGCAUCAGAUUGUCAUUGUCACCUUGCUGGAGGUUGCGAGGGAGGUUGAAGAAGCCUACGAGAGGAUUCUAGGAAGCAGCUGA